UGGUGGUGAGGACAGAAUAGCAACACGACAAUUCAUUUGCUUCAGACUGUGGACAGGAGCCGAGAGAGAGAGAGAGAUAGCUGGAUGGAAACUGAGCGGCGGUCAUAGUUGCUGACAACCAAACACGGGAGAAAAAUAUGGAUCCAAAAAACAGGAAGAAAAUCAGUUUCUCGGUGCCAGUAAAAUCCAGUCACCUGGAUACCAGAGCAGUGGAGAAGAUUCGGAGGCGGAGACCUACACCAGCAACACUGUUCCGACUCUCUGAUCACUCAUCACCAGAAGAGGAACCAGUUUCCUACCAGAGAUCAUCCUUCGCUGACAGUGAGAUUCUGAAAUCCAAACGAGCCACUCCAUUGAGCUCUUACACACCUCCCUCAUUAAAAGCUGUUCAGUGCAUUGUGCAAUCCCAGUUUGGAGCUAAAUCCACACAUUCGCAGUUGGAUGACACCCCCUCAGAUAUGGCAGAGUGUGACAGUAUCCUCUCUGAUUCCUCCGAUACGGACCUUCUCCAAAUAGACCAAGAUCCACAGACAGACCGAAAGGCAUGGCCAAAAUCCAGCCGUGGAACACCAGCUGUGGGCACUGCCGCAACUGGGACAGAGGAGGAAAGAUCCCAGGCUAAAAGGGAAGACACUCACUGAAGAACAGGACUGUGAAAAUGCCUGACAGAAAUCAGGGGCUUUGUGACCCUGUGCUCGCCUUCAACUUGAAUGCUUUGCCCUGUUUAGUUUGAGUAGCUUAGUUGACAAUAAUCCUGCUUCUAAUUAAGUCUGUGUACCAAAUUGAAAGAAAACCUUUGAAUUUUUACCUUGUAUUUGAAUUUUCUGGUGACCCCCAAGACAGUUCAGUGCAGAUGUUUGAUAAUCCUUCAAAAUAGGGACAGGUAUUGUCCAUUCAGCCCUUCAAGCUGCUAUUCAAUAAGAUCUCAGUGUGGCCUCUACUUCCUACCCAGCCUUUGACUCCCUUGUGCUCUGAUUUUAUCUGGUGUUAUUACUGGACACAUCAGAUCCCAGAUUGAAAUCUGGUUUGCGAGAUCAAAUUUGUUUUGAUUUAGUUCUAAGAAAGUGGUUUCUCAUUGAGACAGAAGUGCAAAUACUGCAGAUUUUGUUUUAACAAUGAAAUAAUAAGUUUAUGAAGUGAAAUAAAUUAAGAUAAAAUGGAAUAGGUUAAAAUAUUUACUUCUAAUGUUAAUUGAAAGAGUUUUGACACACAGUAAAAGUAUAAUCCUACUAAUCCCAAAAUAUACCUUUAUAAGAUCAAAAAUAAUUCAGUAACCAACAGCAAUCCCUGUCCAGUACUCUCACUAGAAACCCUUUUACUAAUGCCUUGAUAGGUAUAAGGUAACUGUGUCGAUAACUCCUAAUUGGAAACUGAUACCUUAUUCAUGGAGCAAUCUUACAUCUGAGUUUAAACAAACUCAACUGGAAUCCUCUUCAGUGCUUUAUCUCAACAGUUCUGGUCUGGAACAAUCACUACCUCCUUGCUCUGGGAUGAUCUAGUUUAGCUUUCCUCUCCCCUUCUCUCAAGCACUUCUCCGUACGAUCAUCUCUUACCAAGGACUUCACUGAACUGCCAAAAACAAAAACCUUUUCCUCUGAAAUAUGGGAAAUUGCCUUAAGAUGAAAAAUAAUCUCUUAAUCUAGAAAUGUGUCUAAAGGAACAGUGGUUCUUGGCAAUAAGUCAUAAAACCUUAAAAUAAACACUAACCAAUUAGAGAUAGUUAGAACACUAACCGAUUAGGAUGCCUACGUAGACCUAUCAAAGUAUUUUAGCAAGGGGAGUGUUGCCUAGCAAAGAGACCUAGGGGUGCAGGUGCAUAGUUCCUUGAAAGUGGAGUUGCAGGUAGACAGGACAGUGAAGAAGGCAUUUGACACGCUUGCCUUUAUUGGUCAGUGCAUUGAAUGUAGGAACCAGGACAUCAUGUUGCAGCUGCACAGGACAUUAGUGAGGCCAUUUUAGAAUACUGUAUUCAAUUCUAGUCUCCCUGCUAUAUGAAAGAUGUUGUUAAACUUGAAAGGGUUCAGAAAAGAUUUACAAGAAUGUUUCCAGGGUUGGAGGGUUUGAGCUAUAGGGAAAGGUUGAAUAGUCUAGGGCUUAUUUCCUUGGAGCAUUGGAGGCUGAGGGAUGACCUUAUAGAGAUUUAAAAGGGCUUGAGGGCUACGGGGAGAGUGCGGGUAAGUGGAGUUGAAAUGCCCAUCAGCCAUGAUUAAAUGGCAGAGUGGACUUGAUGGGCUGAAUGGCCUUACUUCCACUCCUAUGUCUUAUGGUCUUAUAAAAUCCUGAGGGGCAUGGAUAGGGUGAACAGCUAAAGUCUUUUCCCCAGGGUAGAGGAGUCCAAAACUAGAGGGUGUAAGUUUAAGGUGAGAGGGAAAACAUAUAAAAGGAACCUAAGGGAAAACUUUCUCACACAGAGGGUGGUGCACAUAUGGAAGGAGCUGCCAGAGAAGUGGUGGAGGCUGGUACAAUUACAUCAUUUAAAAGGCAUCUGAAUGUGUUGAUGAAUAGGGAGGGUUUAGAGGGAUAUGGGCCAAGUGCAGGCAAAUGGACUAGAUAAGUUUAGGACAAAUUGGCAUGGACAAAUUGAACCAAAGGGUCUGUUUCUAUGCUGUACAUCUCUAUAAGAUGUCAUUGCCGCAGAAAAACUUUCAACUUAAUUAUUAACUUCAGGAUCAUAGAAAACCCAUACAGUGCAUUCAUAAAUUUCAAAGUGUAAAUCUAAAAUAAAUAUAUACAGGGGUCCUGACUCACGAACGUCUGACUUAUGAAUGCAAACUGAUAUAGCGGUGUAAUUUUAAAGAUUCAAAACAUGAAUAUUUCCUGUGUUUACAGAUGGCCACUUUAUUUUGUCCUGCAUUGUGUUCCAACUUGCUCCAGAACAGAACCUGUUCACAUCCCAAGAACUGCUUGUAUGUUGUUAAACAUUUUAUACCUUCACUUGUCAAUAAACUAUCUAAUUCUUCCUUAAAAAUAUUCAAUGACCUUACCUCCUUUGGUGAAGAAGAUCCUACAGAGUCAAAGAGAAAAAGAAACUCAUUUCCAUCUUAAGUGGGAGAUCUUUCCCUUUUAUCUUAUAUACCCCACAAAGAUUACUUCCUAUUCUUUUAAACUCCAAUAGAUACUGGUUGAUUCUUUCCCCAUGAAACUCCUUCUUCAUCAUGGGUUCAGGGACUCAAAUUCUGCAUCUGCACUGUUAGCGUAGUACUGAGGGAAUGCCGCACUGUCAGAGAGUCAGUACUGAGGGUGUGCUGCACUGUCGGAGGGUCAGUACUGUGAGAACACUGCUCUGCACUGGCUAAGCAUCAGUACUGAUGGACUGCUGCUCUUUCAGAGAGUCAGCACUGAGAGACUGCUGCAUUGUUGGACAGUCAGUACUGAGGGAGUGCUGCACUGUCGGAGGGUCAGUACUGUGAGAACACUGCUCUGCACUGGCUAAGCAUCAGUACUGAUGGACUGCUGCUCUUUCAGAGAGUCAGCACUGAGAGACUGCUGCAUUGUUGGACAGUCAGUACUGAGGGAGUGCUGCACUGUCGGAAGGUCAGUUCUGAGGGAGUGCUGCGCUGUUGGAGGGUCAGUUCUGACAGAGUGCAGUACUGUAAGACUGUUAAUGCUGAGUAAGUGCAGCACUGUCGGAGAGUCAGUGCUGAGGGAGUGCCACACUGUCGAAGGGACUCUUCUGGGGUUCUGUUUUUCUGCACUUCCAGAGAUUAAAUAAAGAACACCUAUGCCCUCUUGCAUUGAUAUAAAAGUUACCCUGAGAAUGAUUUGUAGAACUACAAUCUCUUUUGAUGUCCUGCCCAAUACUUUUUCCCUCAGUGAAUGACAAUAGAUUAUCCACUUUCAUUGUUGAUUGUGGGAGCUUUCUGUACACAAUUUUUUUUCAUUUAUGGGAUGUGGGCAUUACUAGCUAGGCCAGCAUUUAUUGUCCAUCUGUAGUUGCCCAGAGGGCAGGUCCAUGUCAAUCACGUUCCUGAGGGUCUGGAGUCACAUAUAGGCCAGACCAGAUAAGGAUGGCAGAUUGGCUGUCAUUUUCCUUACAUUAUAACAGUGUCUAUGCCUUAUGAGUAUUUGGUUAGCUGUAAAGUGCUUUGUGACAUCCUGAGCUUGUUUGAAGUUGUAUAGAAAUGCAAGUCAUGUUUAACGUUACCAGUUGCUAUUAUUUUCCCAUGUACAAUCAAUCUCUUCUCUCAAAGACUGUUGCACAGAAACGCACACAGCCAUGAGAGAUAAUUCUAUCUCAGUGUCACAUGCAGGAAGAUGACUGGAAGCAUUCAAUGCCAGAGCUGACCCUGGUAUGGAGAAUGUGGGAAGGUGGCAUGUGGGGCAAUAUUGAGCAGGAAGAACAAGUUGUAAGGAGUAAACUUAGGAGCUAACACCUCUGAAUUCCCUGAUCAGCAACUCAUCCCUCACCCCAUUGCCCAGAAUCUCACGCUGACGUGUAACUGACCCAGUGAAUGAUUAAUGUUGGCUUUAGUAUCACACGGAUACAAGGAAAAGCUGACUUUCUGAAGCCAGGCCUUUAUGAAGUUGGAGUGAAUUAUUGUGAAAACAACAUUUCUGAUUUUGAGAUUUUUAGACAGGACUGUUCAUCUUUCACCUCUGCAUGGGUCCUUUAAAAAUCUAUUUUACUCAAUUAAUAACUCAAAUAGCAUGAGGACCAAACCAAUUGGGAUAUGAUCUUCUUUGAAAUUGCAGAUUGAACUCCACACCAACCCAUUACUAUUACUGUUCAGGUCAUUGAGCAGGCAAAAGUGCCAGAGCUCUGGUUUAUUCCCACUCGCUCUACGGUACUUUGCUGUCACCUCAUUAACUGAGGUCCUUGCUUUAUAUUGUCACUGCAAUGUUGGACAUUACGUAAUAUUGCAAUUAGGAUCCCUGGCAAAUGGUGGGAUGGGGAAUGGGUGUAUCUAUCACAAAACCCAGAAAUUUUCCAUAAAAGUUAUAUAUCAAGCUGUUAAAUAUCUUCUCUGUAUUUUGAAAGAG